UAAAGUUUGGAUGCUGGCAGACAAAUCAGGAUAUUGCUUGAAAUUUGAUGUGUAUACUGGAAAAAACAACAACAAAGCUACGAAAGAUCUUGGUGCAAAAGUAGUUACUUCACUGGUAAAAGGUCUUGAAGAAAAGGAGCACAAAGUCUACUUUGAUAACUAUUUCACAAAUGUACAUUUCAUGAAAGACUUAAAAGAAAAAGGAAUAAAUGCUUGUGGAACCGUGAAACCCUCGAGAAAAAACCUGCCAACAUUCAUUUCUAGCAAGAAAAUUAAUUGUGGAGACUCUGAAACUCUCACAAGUAGUACCGGAAUUGGUGCAACCAAAUGGCGUGACAAGAAUGAUGUAUUCAUUCUGACAAAUUUUCAUGAUCCCAGUGAAAUGUCUGAAGUAAACAGAAGACAAAAGGAUGGCUCAAAAUGUUUGUAUCCCUGCCCUAUUUGUGUCACUGAUUACAACAAGAACAUGAAUUCAGUAGACAAGUUUGAUCAGCUAAUGGCAAGUUAUAAACUAGAUCGCCGCAGUAAGAAAUGGUGGCAUCGCAUAUUUUUCUAUUUCCUGGAUGCUGCUGUAGUGAAUUCAUACAUCGUAUUCAGGACAUUGAAAAACAACAUGCCACUGAAAGAAUUCAAGAUCCAUUGUGUAGAAGGUCUUCUGGCAACCAGGUUAGUACAGAGGAAGAGAUCAGCCACAAAUGAGUCUCCUUUGGAGAUCAAGAAAUCAAAACCUACGGUUCCAGUGGAAAUACGGAGAAAGGAAUCAAGUCAUCAACCAAAACGUAGCACUCGUAGGCGGUGUGCUCUAUGCAGCACAAAAACCAAAGAAGUACGUACUGACUGGGUCUGCUCUGUAUGCGAGGUGCCUCUUUGUCUGGGAAAAAAAAAGGAGUGUCUCCAGAAAUAUCAUGCUUGAAAAUGAAAAAAAUGUCAAAGAAAAAAAAAAUA